GUAGUGAAGGCAAAUCUUACCCCGGCCACGGCUCUCACCGCAGAUUACAACAUUAUGGCCUUUGGACUUUCCGAAUUACUGAACCCUCAACCCGCGUCCAUCCAAGAAUCAGCAAAUUACCGACGCGAUGGAUCCCUCCGCUUCCUCCUUCUUCGCGCCUGAACUCUUCCAACCCCAAAGCGACGCGCCUCUCGCUCAAGACGGCCUUAUUUCAUUGUCGCAUGAUGUCGAGAUGACUAUGGAGGACGAUGUCCACAACAUGCACCAAACAUUAAUCGAAAACGAGAUGGCCGACGUGGACCCGGUCAAACAGGAGGUCAUCGACAACGUAUACCCGCCAUUCGAGGACGAAAAUUUACAUGUUGGCGAUUCAUCCAUCAUGGAUAUGGUGGAUGGGAGUCUGCUUGCCGACAAUUCGUCCAUUCGAGACUCGCCCGAAGAUAGUACAAAGCCGCGACCCAAACAUCCUGGCAAGUCAAGAAAGUCCGAUUCAGAUGGGCUGCCCAAGUCAUCGAUACACUCGUCCAAGAACGAAGGGCAACACACAGAUCGAAGAUACCUCUGUUACCUAUGUAACAAGCUGUUUACAAGACGACGGUCGGUCAGAGACCACAUCUCAAAAAUACACAAUACCAAAACAUGGGAGCCAGUUCGCAGUUUGGAAGUCAUUGUAGAUCCCAUUUCCGGAGAGCCUAUCGAGCCGUUGGAAGAGAUCAUUGCAAGAGGGCCACCGCCGCCGCCUCCCAAAGCGCCCAAAGCACCAAAAGCCGAGAAAAGCACUAAGCAGGAAGACAGCGAGGAACGACAAGAGGCUCAGGAUGUUCAAGAGGCGCCAGGAGAGCAGCCUACCGUGGAAGAGAUCGCUACAGCAUACGAAGCGGUACGCACUCCUCUUCCUGAGCCACAGCGCGCACAAGCAUCAACUCCUCCGCCUCCGAGCACAGUUGCGACCUUGAAGAAAGAACCAUCAGUCGCAGGAUCUCGAGCGUCCUCCACCGAGCCGUUCGCGACACCUGCACCUGUUGCGGGUAAGAAGCGACCUGCUCCAGAAGACUCCGCAAAGUCCUCCACAGCUGCAAAGAAGAAGGGCACAGCCAAAGUCAAGAGCUCUACCGGGCCGAACAAGCGAUCCAAGCUGAGCGCAGCCGAACCUAGUCCUUCUGCACGAUCGGCCUACCGAUCGCCUAGUGCCGCUCCAUCCUCAACCCAGCUGAAACCCAUACCUUCAAAGCUCAAGAAACAAACAUCCACCGCAAGUGUCAGAUCCUCCCCUACACCGGCUUCCUCGCGCGCCGGAUCACACGAAGUCGACUCCGGCUCAAGCUCGGUGGCUGCCACGCCAACCAGCUCCAACGACGAUGGAGAAGUAUUUUGCAUCUGUAGAAAAGGUGACAAUCAUACUUGGAUGAUCGCGUGUGACGGCGGCUGCGAUGAGUGGUUUCACGGCAAUUGCGUGAAUAUUCGAGAACGAGAUGGCGACCUCAUUGACAAAUACAUAUGUCCAACGUGUACGAAGCCGGGGUUGAUCACCACCUGGAAACGAAUGUGCAGACGAAGGGAUUGUAGAAAGCCGGCGAGAGUGACCCAGAACCCUCCCAGCAAAUAUUGUUCCGAUGCAUGUGGGCGGAUGUUCUUCGUGGAGUUGGUGCAACGAGGCGAUCCCGCCGCGCAGACCAGCAAAGACGGUCAGUAUGUCGUUGAGCCAGGCCAGCGCAAGAAACAUCGCAGAAAACAGAAGCGGGCAGAUGGUCAUCCAAAAACUUCAAAGCCACUUACGAAUGGUGCCGUCAAUGGUGACGUGGCAGACCUUGUGGAUGGUGAAAGCCGACUUGCGACACCCGCCUACAGUGAGGAAGAUAAGACCGAAUACGAAACCGACAGCAGUUUAGACGAUGACAUGCUUCCGAAUCGUGGGGCCGCCCUGAGAGCAGGUGAAGUCAAGGCCCUGCUAGAGAAGUGCGCGGAUAUCGAAAAAUGGCGAUCUCUAGGACGCAAACCAGACACUCCUCCACGUGAAGUGGACAUGCCCGACACCAAAAUCGAAGCUGGGACCGAAGCCGAAUCCAAGCCUGCAACGCCUCCGGAGUUUGACGAGCUGGAGACAGCGAAGAUGGCAAAUAUUCAGGAAGAGAAGCGUAAACUUGAAGAGCGCAACGACAUGUACAAUGCGCGCGAGCUAUUGUUGGACCUGGUCAAGGCAAGAUCGACCAGUAUCACGGAUGAGGUCCGUAAGACGCAUCCCAAGAUGAAAGACCUGUGCGGGUUCGAUCCACGCAUGGCAUGGUCCGACGAGGAAUUUGUGGUAUGGUACAACACCAAGGGUGGGAAGGAGAUCUUGGAUGUUGGAGUCAAGGCCAAGGUCGGACCGCCUGACGAGCAUGAUGGUUCUGUUGUGAAUGGUAUUGCUGAUGAAGAUGAGGUGGAAGAUGGCACCAUGCCCAAGAAGGGUGGGGUUUGCAUCAAGAACCGGUGCUCGCGACAUCGCAAUUGGGCUAAGAAUCAGCUUGCCGAGUUGAGGUUCGAGCAGGAUUUGGUGCGCCGAGGGCUGGCACGGUGCGAGGCUCAGGAGAAGCAGAUUAGGGAACGGGGUAUGGUGAGGGCGUGGGAGAAUCGAGGUCGAGGCAUUGCCACUAUCUCAACAUGAGCAUGGAUGAGGGAUGCUCAUAGGUAGUGUCAAUGAAAGUUGCGUAUGCAUAUGCACGAGGCUGGCGAGUGUGUAUUACGCACGAUACGACAUGGCUUUGAUCGAUGAUGAACAAUUUAGGCAGUAUGAGGUACUGGAUAUCUCAGACCAGA